UCUCUCUCUCUCUCUCUCACACACACAGAGAAGAUGGCCAACUUUGCCACCUCACUUGUUGUACUAUGGUUAAGCUUAAUAUCUUAUGCUUACAAUGUGCAUGCUACGCGUAUGGCACACUGGCCUAGAGGAAGCUCAACCAGGUUCUAUGAUUUCAAGAUACAAACUUUGAAAAUUACAAAACUGUGCAACACCAAGGAACUAGUCACAGUCAACGGAAUAUUUCCAGGCCCUGUAAUUUAUGCCCAAGAAGAUGACAGAAUAAUUGUCAAAAUUACCAAUGAGACACCAUACAACACCACAAUCCACUGGCAUGGAGUCAGACAGAGACUAUCAUGCUGGUUCGAUGGGCCUUCGUACAUCACACAGUGUCCAAUUCAGUCUGGCCAGACUUUUACGUAUGAGUUCACAUUGGUGAAUCAAAAGGGCACCUUUUUCUGGCAUGCUCAUGUUUCUUGGCUCCGGGCUACUCUUUAUGGUGCCUUUGUGGUAUAUCCAAAGCCUGGGGUCCCUUACCCAUUUAAGUACCCAUAUCAAGAGCAUAUUCUACUCCUAGGGGAGUAUUGGAAUAAAGAUGUGGUACAACUUGAACGCGCCACUGUAGCAAGCGGUGGAAAUCCUCCAAUAACAGAUGCUUAUACAAUUAAUGGUCACCCAGGCCCCAACUACAAUUGCUCCAACAAUGAUGUGUACAAGAUAGAUGUCGUUCCUGGGAAGACAUAUUUGUUAAGGCUGAUUAACGCAGGCUUAAACUCUGAGAACUUUUUUGCCAUUGCUAAUCACAAAUUAACCAUCGUGGAAGCCGAUGCUGAGUACACAAAGCCAUUCACCACAGACCGUGUGAUGCUUGGACCAGGCCAGACCAUUGAUGUCCUUGUCACCGCUAAUCAGCCCAUAGGAAAAUACUCCAUGGCCAUGGGACCCUACAGUUCUGCCAAGGGUGCUGCUUUCCAAAAUAUAUCGGCCAUUGCCCACUUCCAAUACAUAGGUGCUGUAACUAAUAGCGUAUCAUUACCUGCUCAAUUACCAAGUUUUAGUGACAAUCUUGCUGUUAAGACAGUCAUGGAUGGACUAAAAAGCCUAAACACUGUUAAUGUUCCGAAAGAGAUUGAUGCAAACCUUUUCAUCACCAUCGGAUUGAAUGUCCAAAAAUGUCAGUCUAAGACACCCAAUCAAAAUUGCCAAGGCCUUAAUAAUGGGGUUAUGGCGGCAUCUAUGAACAACAUUAGUUUUAUAAAGCCACAAAUUUCGCUUUUGGAAGCUUACUACAAAAAGAUUAAUGGUUCUUUCACUGAGGAUUUUCCUGGGGCACCCCUUAAGUUCUAUGACUUUGUCAAUGGGGCACCUAAUAAUAUUCCUAAUGACACACAGGCUUUGAAUGGGACUAGGGUCAAGGUCCUUGAAUAUGGCACUAGGGUGCAACUCAUCUUGCAGGACACUGGGACAGUCACCACUGAGAAUCACCCAAUUCAUCUUCAUGGCUAUAGCUUCUAUGUUGUGGGGUAUGGCACUGGGAACUAUAAUCCACAAACUGCAAAUUUCAACUUGGUUGAUCCACCUUACAUGAACACUAUUGGAGUUCCUGCUGGUGGAUGGGCUGCUAUUCGGUUCCUCGCUGACAAUCCAGGGGUUUGGUUUAUGCACUGUCACUUAGACAUACAUCAAUCAUGGGGAUUAGGCACGUCUUUCAUUGUCAAGAACGGGGAGGGGGUCCUGGAAACACUUCCUCACCCUCCGGCAGACCUGCCGCGGUGCUAGGGUACUGUUGGAUAGAUGAGAACUGUAAUUCUAAUGGACUGUUGUCAAUUGUGAUAGUACUAUCCAUUAUCCAAGCAAGGAAUUUUUUGGGACAAGUGUGUAAUAUGUGGGAUUGUUUCAUUUCUUUUGGACCAUGUAAUUGUGAUUCUAAAAAUGCAAAGGGUUGGAUGAAUAAAACUGUAAGUUUCUUUGUUGUU